AUGUGUUUGCUGACCCAGGUUCUGGAGAGAUUUGAAGAGGAGAAUGGUGGUUACCUGUUAGUGGCUACACUGUGUCUGUUGGAGUGUUCUAACACUGGGCUGUUAGAGACAGAACUGCUCAGGAUACUGGCUGAUGAGGACAACCUCAUGCCGAAAGACAUGAAACAUAAAAAGAAAGGUAAAGGCAACUCAGAAAAGCUGGAGAUUCUACCAAUGGCAAAGUGGGCAGUUGUUUACCGUGGAUUGCGUACAUUUCUGCGCCCGUUUGGCGAGAGUGGGGAGGGCAGACUGGACUUCUACCACAGGUCACUCAGCAAAGCUGUCAGGUCAAAGUAUUUCCUGGUGGAUGGUGCAGAUGAAGACAGGGUGAAGGCCAGGUACAACUGGUGGCACAGCAAACUGGCCAACUUCUUCCAACAUGUGGCCAUUAUCGACAGAAGGGUGGAGGAGUACCCUUACCAGCUGACUAAGAUAGGUGACCACAGCAGACUUGCUGAGUGCCUGCUGGACUGGGAGGUGUUUGAUCAUCUGUACAACGAAGACUACAGCAGCCAGCUGCUGGCUUACUGGAGAGCUGCUGGAGGAGCAGAAGAGAUGGAGACGAGGUACAAGGAAUCUCUGAAGGAACUAGAAAACACAGAGGGAGUCUCCAAGGAAACCCUGGGUCUGAGAUACCUGCAGGUGUCCAGAGUCAUGACACAGGGAGGCCGCCAUGACGGUGCGGAACAGAUGCUUGCUCCCGCGGUCAGGAUCGAACAGGACGACCUGGGGGCGCGGCCUGAAAGGAUGGCGCAGGUGUACGAACUCACCGCAACCAUCUUUACUGAGAAACUGAAGCUGUAUGACUUUGUGAGUCCUCAGCAGCUGACAGAGCUCAGGCCAGCGAUUGACAACGGCAGGAAAGCUGUGGAACUCAGGGAAACUCUACCUCAGGAUGAUAAAAACAAGUUCAAGCUGGCCAAGACGCGGAUGCAGCUGGCCUUUAACAUGGAGAGCUGGCAGGCAUGUCUGCUGGACGAGAGACAGUACCCAGAUGCUACAGCCUUCCUCAGUAAGGCACAGGCCUCGCAGGACGGCAACAAACACAUCGACCUGGCCAUGGAGACAUUCAAACAGCUGCGAGACGACCGGCACCUUGCUGAAGCCAUCAUGACCAAGGCCAUCCUAGCAGAUAGAGGCAGUCAGGUCCAACUGGAGCUGUAUGAAGAAGCCCUGGCCCUGUGUUUACAGACCUACGGAGAGAACCACAUCCUGACCUCCCGACUCUACAUCAAUGUGGGCAUCUACUACGAGGACAGGGGGCAGUACAGGGACUCCUACAAACACUUCAAGAAGUGGUACGAGACGUGUCUGGUCGUGUUUGGUCCCGACCACCCCAAGACAAAGCGAGCCGCGGGGACGCUGGAAGAGCCGUUAUACCGUAGGGUACGGCGGAUGGACGAACGGGGGGAACUGUAGGGCCACAGUAGGGGUUUGUUUAUGCUGAAGUUAGGCGCUUGCUUUGUCAGACACUGACAAAAAGUUUGAGUUAAAAUAUUUGUGCGCCAUACAUUGUUUCUAAAAAAAAACAGCACGUUUUUAUGUAAUAACAGUAAUAAGAUUGGGUAUUCAUCAUCAUAUGGCCUCUUUUGGUCAAUAUUGACCAUGGUAAAAUCCUAAUUGAUAUCAGCCCUACAGCGUCGACUGUGGUUUAACAGUCUUAUACGAGAAUGACAGUCUCUGCCACAUGUAUAUUAUUUGAUAUUACAUGAUUGGAUAUUACAUUAUGGAAAAGUCAAGUCAAAAUCUGUCGUGACAUCAGGAACACUUCUUAAGAAUUUUAGUUUUGAAAGUCUUUUUUAAAAGGUGAUUGAUUAGUAUUUAAUAAGGGUAGUAUAAAAACAUCUAUACUGUCAAGGUGUCACAUUUGUAUGCUAAAAAUUAGCUAAAAGUUUAGGAUGUAUGUAAAUAUGAUGUUUUUACAUUGAUAAAUGAACAUGUUUAUUUUUCAAGCACCUUCCCCUUUACUAUGCAACUUAUUGCAAUCACACAGUAUUGUGCAAUUGGUAUUGAUAUGUCCAGACUAUAGUUUGCUAUUGGUGGACUUAGAAUUAGUUAACCAAUCAGAGCAGUGCUAGGUAAUUUGUGUACAUAGUGGUGGGUUGGACUGGAGAAAUGUUUUCAGAAUAAUUGAUCCAUGUUAGCUACAAAAAAAGGACAAAGAAAUCAAAAUGUAAAUUGGAAAUUGUUACUUUUGAUAGAAAUAUCAACAAACAUUAGGUAAGAGGUGCUUCAUCCAUUCUGUAGUUAAAAUAAUCAUGAACCAGGACUACACCAAUGUGAUUAAUUGGUUCUUUUUAGUUUGUGCGCUAAGGAUGUACAAAUGCACAUGACCCAUAUCAUUGGGUGCCUUGUAGAAAUGUGGACAUAAUGUGAAUAUUAUAAUGACAAAGAUACGUGCAGUCGUUAACAAAAACACACAGUAACAACAUCAAGGCCAAGAACAAUAUAUACUAAGUGCAAGUCAUGCCUCUGCUGCAAUAUGUGAAAAAUCAUGUAUAUUUUUCUUAACUUGCCCAUCCUAAGACACGUCCUAUUGUUAAAUGUGUUGUAUUAAUGGUUGCCAUUAGUGCCUCAGGUCUGUAUUGAAAGUUUGAUAUGAAUAUUUCUGUGUAGUUAGAAGUACACUGUACUGGUGUACCGUUCUGUUGAUAAUCAAUUCAACAUCAGGUAUUUUUCAGUCUUGUAGUUUUGAUGAGAAGCAGAGGAUUUCAUGGAUAGUUUGUGGAAACAUUUUAUAAUAUGGGAUCAGAAUAUAACAUGGCAUUAUUAUUAGAUAUGCAGUUUGGUUUUCCAACUUGGGAGCUUGACUCUGAUUGUUUUUUUUUCACUGUAUAAAAAGUAUAUUGAUUUCACAUCCCGUUACAGGAUGCGUCAGA